AUUUUGGUUUGAUUUAAAUGCACUUAUUCACAUCUCACCAUUGUUUGUAGAUAAUUCUGCCAGUAGUGGAAUGGAAUGGAAGAGUGACAUCAUGGAAUGAUAUCAUGGAAGCCAUGACAUCAUCAUGGAAUGCCAUGAUGGAAACCAUGACAUCAUCAUGGAAUGACAACAUGAAAGCCAUGACAUCAUCAUGGAAUGGCAACAUGAAAGCCAUGACAUGAUGAAAGCCAUGACAUCAUCAUCAUGGAGACCUUGAAGAGGUAAGUAACACUUUACAGCAGAGCUGUGUUUUGUUGGGGAAGGAGUACAUUUACUUUUCACACACUUUUCUGAUAGGUAAAUUACUUUUUGUAGUUUUGUUGUGGUUGUGUGAAUUGUAGGACUUAAUACAGCAAAUAAUUGCUGUGUGUUUGUGUCUGCAGUUACACAGUGUUGGCAUUCGAAGUCAUACAGAAAAUGUUUAAAUCCUUGUUUGGACGAUUUCAAAUCAGACGAAGGGCUGAGAAACCUUCGUCUCCUGGAGACCUUGGUCCUCCCACCACCGGGGUAGACCACGAGCACGGGGCUGAGAAACCUUCGUCUCCUGGAGACCUUGGUCCUCCCACCACCGGGGUAGACCACGAGCACGGGGCUGAGAAACCUUCGUCUCCUGGAGACCUUGGUCCUCCCACUACCAGGGAAGACGACGAGCACUGGGCUGAGAAACCUUCGUCUCCUGGAGAACUUGGUCCUCCCACCACCAGGGAAGACGACGAGCGUGGGUAUGGAGAUGACGAGCCCUGCACCAGCAGUAAGUACCGCGGAGCAAGGAGUGUGAGCUCUUCGUCCAGCGAUGACGAGCCCUGCACCAGCAGGAAAUACCUCAGACCAAGGAAUGAGAGUCCUUCGUCCAGCAAGGACGAGCCCUGCACCAGCAGGAAAUACUCCAGACCAAGGAAUGAGAGUCCUUCGUCCAGCGAUGCCGAGCCCUGCACCAGCAGGAAGUACCGCGGAGCAAGGAGUGUGAGCUCUUCGUCCAGCGAUGACGAGCCCUGCACCAGCAGGAAAUACCUCAGACCAAGGAAUGAGAGUCCUUCGUCCAGCAAGGACGAGCCCUGCACCAGCAGGAAAUACUCCGGACCAAAGACUAAGAGUCCUUCGUCCAGCAAGGACGAGCCCUGCACCAGCAGGAAGUACCACAGACCUAGGAGUGAGAGCUCUUCCUCCAGUGAGGACGAGUCCUGCAACAGUAGAAAACACCCUAGACCAAGGAGUGAGAGCCCUUCAUCUGGUGAGGACGAGCCCUGGACCAGCAGGAAGUUACGCAGACCAAGGAGUGAGAGCUCUUCCUCCAAUGACAAGCCUUUCGUCUAUACUUUUCCUAUAGAGAAGACAGAGAAAGAAAUGGUACAAGAAUUACUGGAGCACUGGAUUAAACGACAUGCGGAGUUGAGAAAACAAUAUGAGCUGAUGAAGCGACAGGAGAAAUUGGAGAAGUUGCUGAAGAAAGGGAAGAAAAAAAAAUUCACAAUUUAUCUCUUCAAGGUGCCUGAGGAAGUGAAGGAAGAGAGGUGGAGGAAAAAAAUGGAGAUGGACAAGAAAUAUUUACUUAGAUGUGAUGUAAGAAUUGCGAAGUCCAUGAUUAAAAAAGGGGAAAAGAAGUUGAAGUACAUGCAGGAGAGGGAGGUGAGAAAAGAGAAGGAGGCUAGAGAAGCACUCAAAAAGCAGAAUAGGCUGACAGAAAAAUUGAAAGUAAAAAUUGAGAAAUUUUGGGAAAAAAGAAGAAAGCAGAAAGUAGAGGAAAAAAAACGGAGUGACGAAGAAAAUGCAAAGAAGCAGAUGGAAGAAAGACUGAAGUUAUAUAAGAAGAACAUGGAAAGAGAGGAGAAAGAUUUGGAGAAAAGAAGACAGAAGAAACUGAAGAGGUGGAAAAAAAUAACAGAGGAUUGGGAGAAAUGGUGUGCGAAGAAUGAGAAGAUAAUUCUGCCAGUAGUGGAAUGGAAUGGAAGAGUGACAUCAUGGAAUGAUAUCAUGAAAGCCAUGACAUCAUCAUGGAAUGACAUGAUGGAAACCAUGACAUCAUCAUGGAAUGACAACAUGAAAGCCAUGACAUCAUCAUGGAAUGGCAACAUGAAAGCCAUGACAUGAUGAAAUCCAUGACAUCAUCAUCAUGGAGACCUUGAAGAGGUAAGUAACACUUUACAGCAGAGCUGUGUUUUGUUGGGGAAGGAGUACAUUUACUUUUCACACACUUUUCUGAUAGGUAAAUUACUUUUUGUAGUUUUGUUGUGGUUGUGUGAAUUGUAGGACUUAAUACAGCAAAUAAUUGCUGUGUGUUUGUGUCUGCAGUUACACAGUGUUGGCAUUCGAAGUCAUACAGAAAAUGUUUAAAUCCUUGUUUGGACGAUUUCAAAUCAGACGAAGGGCUGAGAAACCUUCGUCUC